GAUAGUUUUUCUGAGAAGAUUAGAAGUCAGAAAAACUUUUCCCACUGAACGGAGUCAUGGCGAGGAGUCAACAAGCCAAUCAGGAGCUCACUGAGGUGCUAAACCAACUCUGGGACCUGGAUACCAACCGUCUCAAACCGAGGACUGAUUACAUAAUUUCCCUUCAGGGGAAGGCAGGUUAUGUCGCUCAGGGCAGCAACUAUGCCAGAGACCGGGCCAGGGCUCCGCUCUUCACGUAUGUCAACGAAGACAAACUUAAAAGUAUCGAGACAUAUUUACAUUUCAUCAACUUGCUGGACAACUAUGAGUCGUCCACAGGUGUAUCAGAGAAGGUGACAUCAGAGGAGCUUCAGGAGAACAGGCUCUUUAUCGACUCCAUGAUGGAGACCGAUGUCAUGAAGUGUGCUCACAAGUAUCUGGUGAGGAAGGGGCAGUCGCCAUCAGACCCUGGGCAGUUCAAGAGACAGCUGUAUGACAUCUGGUUCCGCCUCUACCACAGGGACAGGAGUGGAGGAGAGGAUUCCUGUGGGUUUGAACAUGUGUUUGUGGGAGAAACCAAGUUCGGCAAGAAGAUCAUGGGUCUUCACAACUGGGUCCAGUUCUACCUGCAGGAAAAACACGACCAUGUGGACUACAAAGGCUACAAAGCAAGGGACAACAAAGAUACACCUGAUGAAGACGACCAUGUCCUGAACCUGCAGUUCAGCUGGAAAGGCUUGGUGAAGCCGAUCGGUGGCUGCUUCAUUGGUGUGAGUCCAGAGUUUGAGAUAGCUCUAUACACCAUCAUCUUCCUCAUGUCUACAGAGAAGAUGACAUCUGUGGCCGUGAAAGUGGACGAGUACGUGCUGGAGCUGGUUGUCUAUCGGCACGGACAAUCCAUCGGCACCUCCUACCCCAAACUGCUCAGCAGCAACCACAAGGAUUUGUAAAAUCACUCCACCAAAGCUGUCAGAUGUCAUGUAAACACUUUUAACCCUUUGUGUGACACUUUCAUUUAAUUCCUUGACAGUAUUAAAACCUAAGACAAAUCUGGAUCAGGUUCUUUUUGCACUAACCGUCAGGCCUAAACUGUCUAUAAUAAGUUUUCAGCCUAAACCUUCUGAUAUGGACUGAUAUCGUACAAGGAGUAUAUCUUGUCAUUAUCAUAUAUCUGUCUUGUUCUGUAUACUAUUACGGCGUAAAUAAAAGUUUCUUUGUCUAC